AUAUCCUUCCAAGACGUCCUCGUUUGUUCCGAUUUUUGGAAAACAACGCUAUACCAUUGAGUUGACUCUGGUAUUGGGCGGGCUUAAAACGCAUAGUUGAUCCUUGGGUGUAGCUUUCUAUCAACCACAUAAUCUGCAUCCGAGGAUGCGAGCGUUCGUACCUGAAGCUGUCAUGAAACCCUACUUUUAAGCAUGACAGGUGUGCUUAAGGUAAAGGGGGAGGCAGUGGGGCUCGGAUAAACUCUGCCGGGGCCGACGGAACGCCUCAAGUGGCUUGACCGAAUUCAUGAUGGAAACCUCCCAACUUGGCACUUUACAGGACAGAGGACCAGACGACCUGCCCUUGAAUCGAAUUGACUGUCGCGAAUACAUUACAUGGUUCGUCUAACCAUGCUCCUCGCCCUUCGCCGCUCCUGUUGAUGUCGAGAUUAUCAGAGGCAUUGUGCCUCUUCGCUCGCUCCCUCCAUACCGCCAACGUCUGGUAGGCCCAAUGUCGUGGGACCUACUGAAGAGAUUCAUCGAGAGCGAUGUCUUCAACCAGAACCCGUUCCUUUCCGUGGCAUACCUGUCGUAUGGCUCCCCAUUUUCUGUAUCUGCUGGCCGAGUAUACUAACAUUGAAUAUAGACGAUACGCGGACCAUGUCGGCAUCCAUUAUGUCCUCUGCUCGAAACUCCGCCAGUUCAGCUAUGAGGAAAUCGAAUUCUUCCUCCCGCAGCUCUGCCAUCUCAUCAUUAGCGUCGACAACGAGUCUAUGGCAUUGGAGGAAUUCAUUUUAGACCUCUGCGAGGAAUCUGUGAAUGCUGCGCUGCUGACAUUCUGGCUUUUCCAAACAUACCUCCACGAUCUUUCCGCGAACCCGCAAUCAGAAGCCUUUAAGACGUGCAGGAGGAUAUACAACAAAGUGCAGCAUAUUGUGUUUGGGUUGGCUGAACCGGCGAGAAAUGAGAAGAUUAAAGAAAAUGUCCUGCCAGUGACGGUAUUGGCCAGCUUUGUGUUGGCCAGUGUUGCAGUUCCCUUUCUUCCAAAAUGGGCGGGGCCAUUAGCGAUUGCUCAAGCAAGGAAACCCCAGUCCACCGGAGAUGUUAUUUCGGAUGCAAGCCAGACGCAGCAGAAAAUUGUAAGGAGUCAUACUACGACUCCGGGAUCCACGAGAACGAGAAGGGCGAAGGAGGCUGGACGCACAGCAAGCACACCUGUAAACGGAAACUUCCUUUCUGAUGCUCGGCCGAGACCGAGUAGGACAACAUCCCUUUCGAGGCCGUCAUCCUCGCAUUCGAGUCGUAGGCAACCGUUGGAGCCUAGGCCCCGGCCAACACAUCUUGACCUCCAAGCAGCAGAUCCUCGACUUAGUUCGUCCUCUCUGCCAUUACCCGAUGCCCGGUCUCCGCGGAUGUCAGCUACAAGGCCGCCUACACCAGCGACUGCCGGUCUAGCUCAACGACCGUCAGAACUAGUCCACAAGAAACAUGUGCAUGUUGCCAGACCCCUUACCCCUGGGGCAUUGUCAGAUGCACAGAAAGUGAAGUUGCUAAGACAAAAUUACUUUCGCUCCCAGACACAGUUCAUAACAGCCCUGGAAGACAUAUCCACCAGACUGGUUAUCGUCCCCAAGCCAGCACGUCUCAGUGCACUCCGAGCAGAACUGGCACUUAUUGACCAAGACCUACCGGCCGAAGUGGACAUACCAGUGAUAUGCCCUGCAACAUUAGUAGAUGGUAUUCCCAGUAAGAGUCGACAUCAUAGGAUAGUUAGACUGAAUCCGGCUGAAGCGACGGUCCUGAAUAGUGCGGAGAAGGUGCCGUAUCUGCUCAUGGUUGAGGUCCUACGGGACGACUUUUCAUUUGAACCAUCAACAGCCGAGAACAAGAUAUUACUAGCUAGACUCAUGUCUGAGCAAGGAUCAAGUAGACGCCGCAUAUUUGAUCUUUCGGAAUCUGGACGGGCACGGAAUGGGAACAAACCCACCGAGACGGCUACGGACAGUGUUUUCGAGCCAGUUUCCGGGGAUAUUGGAAGCUCUCCACUGAUAAACGAUGUUGGUGGCAUCCAGGAGAAGGAGAAUGCACCCAUUACUCACCCACCACGACUCUCAAAUGGUGGUACCACAUUAUCUACGCAAUCUGGUCUUGUCACACCCAGAACCUCAGGAGCAUCAACAUCACGAUCGAGUAGUCCAGGUAGAAAGAUGACUCUACCCAGCCAUGGCCGGUCUGGAGCUGCUGAUCAACCGGACUUCUCUGCUCUGGCAACCCACAUGAGGACAGCUUCUCAAAUGCUAGCCCAAUUGGAUUCGACCAGUGGAAAACGACCGAAGCAUGAAGUAGCAGCUAUUCGUGCAAAGAUCAUUGCUAGCAUGCAGAGCUUGGAGGAGCAAAGUUUCGAAAUAGAUGAUGGGAUGACUGCGCCUACCUUCGAUACGAUAAUGGCAAAUGCCAAUGCUGCUGCUGCCAACAUUAUACCUGAAGAUAUCGAGGAAGGAACUACAACGGAUUCGGCUCUGAAUAUUGGAGCCGGUGCUGCCAGAAUGGAGAACGAUCAGAAAACUGGCGGUGUACAAAGGAAAGGCGACAGAGAUGAUCCAAGCGCUGCCACCUUUGGAGAAGCAUGGAAUCUGAAGAAGGAACGAAUCCGGAAGUCAUCUCCAUAUGGCUGGAUGAAGAACUGGGAUGUGUUGAGCGUCAUUGUCAAGACUGGAGAUGAUUUGAGACAGGAAGCUUUCGCUUGUCAGCUCAUCCAGGUCUGCGACAAGAUCUGGCAAGAUGCUGAAACCCCAGUCUGGGUCAAGCGAAUGCGCAUUCUAGUGACCGGAGAGUCCUCUGGACUGAUCGAAACCAUCACGAAUGGUGUUUCUUUGCACUCACUGAAACGUAGUCUGACGCUGGCAACGAUUGAGUCUGGGCAGAACCCGCGAAGGCGGAUUGCCACGCUGAAGGAUCACUUUGUCAAGACCUUUGGUGCUCCCGAGACCGAGGCAUACCAGGCUGCACAAGGAUGUUUCAAACGCUCGCUUGCAGCGUACAGCAUCAUAUCCUACAUCCUACAACUCAAGGAUCGGCACAAUGGCAAUGUUCUCGUAGACAACGAAGGGCACAUUAUCCACAUUGAUUUUGGGUUCAUGCUUUCGAACUCACCUGGAUCAGUUGGUUUUGAAGCUGCACCUUUUAAGUUGACUCAAGAUUAUGUGGAUGUUUUGGGUGGUGUUGGAUCGCCAGCUUUUGAUGACUACAAGAAGCUUUGUAAACAGGCUUUCCAAGCACUUCGGCGGUCUGCAGACAACUUGAUUGACCUUGUAAAUAUGAUGGGUCGAGAAUCGAAGAUGCCAUGUUUUUCAUAUGGUGUCCUCCAAGCGACAAACAGUCUGCGGCAGCGCUUCCAGCUACAGCUUAGCGCAGAUGAGGCCGAGCAGUUUGUAGAAACGGAUCUGAUUGGGAAGUCGUUGGGGAGUUACUACACGCGAUUAUAUGAUACCUUCCAGUACCGCACACAAGGAAUUUACUGAAGCAGCCUUCUACUUGUCGGAUCUCCACCCCUGAAUGAUUUUGUCGUAUAAGCUGGUGCGUGCAUACUAGGAGGCGUUGGAUAUCUUGGAUAGGAUUUGAUAUGCUUGCAUUUACACGGGUGCGGUUCUCUGCACGGGUGCUGCAGACAGGGCGGUAAUCUCUGGACUGGUAUAGGGGAGAGGUGUGGAAAGUCAUGAGUGAAUGGAUGUUGUGAGGUGACUGCUUUGUGCCAUACGGGUAAAGGUCUACCUUUAGAUGAGCGGCAUAAUAGGAUAGGAGGACGAGGUGGCAUUUGCAUGUAUGUGUCACGUGAAUAUGAGAAUUAUUGAAUAGGAGGUGCUUGCGCUGGUGCUGUAUCGCUCACAUGAUACUACUAACCUUUGAGUUGAUGCGUCAAAUAGCGAGGAGUAAUCAUCACAGUUGUUGUUGUCAAUUAUCUACCUAGCCAGC